AGCUGGCAGGGCUGGCUGACCCUGGCGUCCCUCCGAGGGGACGGUGCCGGACUGGGACCUGUUCCUGCGCCGCGGGAGCUUCGGGAUGACGUUUUCGGGCGGCUCUGGCGGGGAGUCACACUGGCAGAGCAUGACAGCGGUUUGUGAAAUACCAGACGGUUCCAUUCCCGGGGGAAGGCGGCUCCGGCCGAGCCCCCGCGGCGCGGGCAGCGGGGACGUUCCGCAGAGCCGCAGCCGCCCCUCGCACCAGCAGCUCUUCAUCACUCAGCGUCCCUCCUCAUCCUCCCCAGCACCACCAGCUCUUCUGGGGCCGGAGCGGCUCCACUCCCGCAGCGGCUGGUUUACCUUGGAUCAGCUGGUUAAAGCAGCUCCGGGAUUUCCAAACUCGCCUUUUAACCUGCUGAACCGGGGUCUGGCGCAGAACUCACCACCAUGAAAACGAUUAUUGCAGCCUGUUCCCAAAACCUGAGCGGGAGCCGUGCCAGUGUGCAGAGCGCCCUGCGCACCCUGCUCGCCGUGCCCUGGCCCUCGCAGCGGGACGUGCGCUCCUGGCUCCAGCUCCUCUCCGUGCUGCAGUGGGUGCUCAGCUUCCUGCUGUUGGGACCCGUCAGCCUCCUGCUCCUCAUCUACCUGGUGUUCACCAGCUUCUGGCCCAUCUCCGCGCUCUACCUGGCCUGGAUCAUCCUGGACUGGGACACACCGGAGAGAGGUGGCAGGAGGCUGCUGUGCCUGCAGCGCUGGCCUGUCUGGAGGCAUUUUCGGGAUUAUUUCCCUGUGAAGCUGGUGAAGACGCACGACCUGUCCCCCAGCCACAACUACAUCAUCGGCUCCCACCCCCACGGCAUCCUCUGCGUCGGCGCCUUCUGCAACUUCAUCACUGGCUCCACGGGGUUCAGGGAGAUGUUCCCGGGCAUCCAGCCCUUCCUCACCACCCUGGCUGGCAAUUUCCGCCUGCCCCUCUUCAGGGAGUACCUGAUGAGCGGGGGCCUGUGCCCGGUGACACGUCGCGCCAUCGGGUACCUGCUGUCCCAGAACGGCACAGGUAACGCGGUGGCCAUUGUCAUUGGCGGUGCGGCCGAGUCCCUCUCCUGCCGUCCCGGCGUCACCACGCUCAUCCUGAAGAACCGCAAGGGCUUCGUCCGCAUGGCCCUGCAGUACGGGGCCAACCUCGUCCCUUCCUUCUCCUUCGGGGAGAACGACCUGUUCCGCCAGGUGGUCUUUGAGGAGGGUGGCUGGAUGAGGAGCAUCCAGCUGCACUUCCAGAAGAUGUUUGGCUUCGCUCCCUGUGUGUUCUAUGGCCGGGGUGUCACCUCCGUCCACUCCCGGGGCUUACUCCCCUACGCCAGACCCAUCACCACCGUGGUGGGGGAGCCGGUGACAGUCCCCAAGAUCGAGGACCCCAGCCAGGAGACGGUGGACAUGUACCACGAAAUGUACGUCCGCUCCCUGCUCAAGCUCUUCAACGAGAACAAGACCAAGUACGGGAUGGCAGAGACGGACGAGCUGCACAUCGUCUGAGCGCGGCCGGCGCCGGUGGCCAGGGCCUGGCUCACAGUGGCGCUGGCUCUUGCGGGUGGGGAUUUCAGCUGGCCCAGCACAGAGGAAGUGCGGGGGACGGUCCUCGCUCUGGUCCCCUGCUCCUCCAGCCGAAAAUCCUGAGUGGGAGGUGGGAGGAGAGGAAGAAGCGAGGGGAGGAGGGGUUGGGAAAGGGUCACCCUCUAAAGGGCUUUGGAGAGGCUGUGGGUGACACAGCUGUCCCCUGAGGAUGUGGGGCUGGUGUGGGAGGGCUGGUGCGAGGCUGGGGGCCAGUGAUGGGCAUGGUCCCCCCCCCCAAGAUAACCAGGACACCGUGAGCUGAGGGAGGGGGUGUCAUGGGAGGAGGGAACAAGAUGGGCUCUUUGGGGUGACAUCCCAAUGGCAAGUGGGACGAGGCUGGGGAGACAUCCCCCUGGGGUGGAGGGGGGACACUCCUGGACUUGGGGACCUCAGCUGUGGACCACAUGGCCUUGGGCAAGGAGCAGCUCUGGCCCCAGAUGAGCCUUCUCCACCACCUCUGUACCCAAUACAGAUUUCCAACCACUGCU